AUGUCAAAAGCAAAUAUGGGAAAAACGGAAAUACGGGAAAAACGCAAAUAUGGGAAAAACGCACAUAUGGGAAAAACGCAAAUAUGGGAAAAACGCAAAUAUGGGAAAAACGCAAAUAUGGGAAAAACGCAAAUAUGGGUAAAACGCAAAUAUGGGAAAAACGCAAAUAUGGGAAAAACGCAAAUAUGGGAAAAACGCAAGUAUGGGAAAAACGCAAGUAUGGGAAAAACGCAAGUAUGGGAAAAACGCAAGUAUAGGAAAAACGCAAGUAUGGGAAAAACGCAAGUAUGGGAAAAACGCAAGUAUGGGAAAUACGCAAGUAUGGGAAAUACGCAAGUAUUGGAAAUACGCAAGUAUGGGAAAAACGCAAGUAUGGGAAAAACGCAAGUAUGGGAAAAACGCAAAUAUGGGAAAAACGCAAAUAUGGGAAAAACGCAAAUAUGGGGAAAACGCAAAUAUGGGGAAAACGCAAAUAUGGGGAAAACGCAAAUAUGGCGAAAACGCAAAUAUGGGGAAAACGCAAAUAUGGGGAAAACGCAAAUAUGGGGAAAACGCAAAUAUGGGGAAAACGCAAACAUGGGAAAAACGCAAACAUGGGAAAAACGCAAACAUGGGAAAAACGCAAACAUGGGAAAAACGCAAACAUGGGAAAAAAGCAAACAUGGGAAAAACGCAAACAUGGGAAAAACGCAAACAUGGGAAAAACGCAACAUGGGAAAAACGCAAACAUGGGAAAAACGCAAACAUGGGAAAAACGCAAACAUGGGAAAAACGCAAACAUGGGAAAAACGCAAACAUGGGAAAAACGCAAACAUGGGAAAAACGGAAUCAUGGAAAAAACGGAAUCAUGGAAAAAACGCAAUCAUGGAAAAAACGCAAUCAUGGAAAAAACGCCAACAUGGGAAAAACGCAAACAUGGGAAAAACGCAAACAUGGGAAAAACGCAAACAUUGGUAA